AUGAACUUUGCCAAAUAUGACCGCAGUGAAGACUUGUCGGUUCGACUGUUGGAUCAACAGGCUGAGCCAGAGUUUGAGGGCAAAAGUAUUCCAGAAGGAGCCACGCAACGAGUUCCUUCUUCUCCACCAGAGCCUUUCGACUCUCCGCCGACAGCAAAACUGAAACCGAAAAUAAUACGGAUGUUCUUCAAGUAUCUGAAGUUUCUUGGGCCAGGGAUAAUGGUUAGUGUGGCCAAUAUGGAUCCCGGAAACUACAGCACAGCCGUAUCUGCUGGUGCCAAGUUUGAAUACAAACUAUUGGUUACAGUUUUUGUCAGUAACAUCAUGGCCAUAUUCCUGCAAAGCUUAUGCACAAAACUCGGAUGCGUUACAGGUCUUGACUUAGCACAGAAUUGCAGAGCUCAUCUACCAAAAAAACUAAAUCUGCUGAUGUAUAUAAUGGCUGAGCUGGCAAUUAUAGCCACAGACUUGGCCGAGGUUGUUGGAACGGCAGUCUCACUAAAUAUCCUGUUUGGCAUCCCUUUAUUUUGGGGUGUUGUUUUGACUGUGAUUGACGUGCUGGUCGUGCUGAUGGCCUAUAGACCGAAUGGGCCGUUGCUUAUUAUACGUGUUUUCGAAGGGUUCGUUGGCCUUUUGGUGCUGGCCACCGUUAUCUGCUUUACUGUAGAAUUGGUCGGUAUUAGCGAUACCACUGACUGGCGAGAGGUCUUUGUUGGCUACUUGCCCUCAAAAACAGUAUUCAAAGGCGAAGGUCUCUACCUGAGUCUGGCUAUUCUAGGAGCUACUUGUAUGCCUCACUCACUCUUUUUGGGCUCAGGAUUAGUGCAACCAAGAUUAAGAGAUUUCGAUGAAAAACAUGGCUACCUUCCCAAAAAAUCACUUGAAGAAAUAGGUUCCUCUCGGAACGUUGUGGAAAGAUUCUUUGCAAACGAGGAAGAGGAAGCACAUAGUCCUUAUAAACCAUCGUUGGAGGCCAUCAACGAUUCCAUGACCUAUGCAGUGACAGAGCUUGUUGUUUCAUUACUUACAGUUGCACUAUUUGUCAAUAGUGCUAUUUUGAUUGUAGCAGGUUCCACAUUAACCGACAAGGAAAUCACCAGUGACGACGCAGCAGAUCUUUUCACUAUAUAUGAACUAUUAUCAGAGCAUUUAACCAAGACUGCUGGGCUAGUAUUUGCAUUGGCUUUGUUAUUCUCUGGCCAAAGUGCUGGAAUAACGUGUACCUUAGCAGGUCAGAUGGUUUGUGAGGGAUUUCUUCGUUGGAAUAUGCACCCAGCUGCCCGACGACUAAUAGUAAGAGGCAUCGCAAUUGCCCCUUGCCUUCUACUGGUGCUUGUAAGCGGCAGAGAAGGACUAUCCAGUGCUUUGAAUAUGUCUCAAGUUGUUCUUUCGUUUUUAUUGCCUCCAUUAGCUGCACCAUUAAUUUGGUUUACCUGUAACAAGAACAUAAUGAAAGUUCCUAUAUUUGACAGGAAUGCCCCAGAGGAAUCCAUAGAAUUACAAAACUUGUCGUCUUCAGAAAGACUAAAUCAGAACCCUGAGCUAUCUGGCUCUACAGAUCACAUCGCCUACAAAGACAUGAGUAAUGGCGUACUAACCUCAGCGACCGCUGUUUCAAUUUGGGUGGUAAUCAGUUUCUUGAACAUGUUUCUUCUGGCAAACUUGCUUUGGGGUAGCGGAACUAUUUAG